CCCUCCCGCCCCUCACCGCAGCUGCCAGCCACCUCUAGCGCCGCCCGCGCUUUCACCGGCCGGAGCGGGCCCUCACGGUGUACCUGAUUACCUGCUGGAAAUACUUUGAAGUAUCGACAAUGAACUCGAUGUUAAUGUUCUUUUUUUCUGGAAUAGUUGCCAGUUGCGCUCACUCUUCAAGUGAUUCGGUGUCCAGGUUACUCCUUGUGUCCUUUGAUGGCUUCAGGGCUGAUUACUUGGAAACCUAUAAACUUCCUCACCUUCAGAAGUUCAUUGAGGAUGGUGUGCUUGUCAAAGAAGUUAUAAAUACUUUUAUCACCAAGACUUUCCCAAACCAUUAUACCAUCGUGACAGGUUUAUAUGAAGAAAGCCACGGCAUUGUUGCUAAUGACAUGUAUGAUCCAGACGCCAAGAAAAAGUUUUCACAGUUCAACGAUUCAGAUCCCUUUUGGUGGAAUGAAGCGGUUCCAAUUUGGGUAACAAAUCAACAGCAGGGAAAUGGAACAAGUGCUGCUGCAAUGUGGCCUGGUACCGAUGUAAAAAUUAACAAUAUGACCCCUCAAUUCUUUAUGAAGUAUAACUUUUCAGUAAGGUUUGAGGAGAGAGUGGAGAAAAUUGUUGGGUGGCUGAACAGCUCUAAUCCAGUCGUCAAUUUUGCUAUAUUAUACUGGGAAGAACCGGAUGCAAGCGGGCACAGGUAUGGACCACAUGACACUGAGAACAUGCGCAAAGUAUUAGAAGAAGUGGAUAAUCACAUUGGUUUCCUCACUAAUAAAUUGAAGGCAUUAGGUUUCUGGGACACUCUUAAUAUCAUAAUAACAAGCGAUCACGGAAUGGCCUCCUGUUCUCCAAAGAAGCUGAUAAUCCUGGAUGACUGCAUCAGUCGGGAUAAUUAUACUCUGAUAGACAAGAGUCCAGUUGCUGCAGUGCUGCCAAGGCAAAACAGGAGAGACGUGUAUAACUUACUGAAAAAAUGCCACAGCCACAUGAAAGUAUAUCUCAAAGAAGAAAUUCCAGACAGAUUUCAUUAUCGUGACAAUAAGAGAAUUCAACCCAUAAUUCUGGUUGCAGAUGAAGGCUGGACAAUUGUACAGAAUGAGUCACUUUCAAAAUUGGGUGACCAUGGCUAUGACAACGCUCUGCCAAGCAUGCAUCCCUUCCUGGCUGCUCGUGGACCUGCCUUUCAUCGGGGCUACAAGCAGAGCACGCUCAACAAUGUCGAUAUUUACCCGAUGAUGUGCCACAUCCUGGGCCUGACACCACGGCCCCACAAUGGCACUUUCAGUAACACCAAGUGCUUGCUUGCUGACCAGUGGUGCAUAAAUCUUCCAGAAGCUAUUGGGAUAGUUAUUGGGGCUUUUAUAGUACUGACUGCUUUCACCUGCGUUAUAGUCUUCUCAAAGAAUAGAGUGGCUCCCCCACAGCCAUUUUCCCGCCUUCAGUUAGAAUACGACGAUGACGAUCCUUUAAUUGGAUAGCACGCGAGGAGCUGAGCCUCUCUUGCCAAGGAGGGAUUGCAGGAAGAGAGGAUGAACUUGCACUGGAUGGCAUUCUUUGAUGCACUUUAAGUUAUCUGUAUAACAUACUGUACAGCCAGAUCUCGCUAACUUGUUUGUGUGUGCUACCUGACUAGUAGUCCCAUAAAAAUACAUUUCAGAAAAAAAUGGUCAAUGGGUGGCUUUCUGCUGGAAGAGAUGGUUAACAAAAUAAGGACACUUAGUUUUUCCUUCAAGCCUUUCAGCACUUUCAAAAUGAACCUAGCCAGGAUAGACUUAAGUGAAUGUCAUAAUUUGUAAUUCUUUUAUUAUUAUUAAUUAAAUUAACGUUGACUUCUUUGGUAUUCUACCUGGAUUGGAAAGAAGAUUCUAUUUUUUGUAUGAGAGAUAAAAGUUAGUUCUGUUUGGACAGUAUAUUCUGAUUUGUUCCAAAAUUUGGGGAUAAAAGGUGCAGAGAGGAUCCUACUUUUAUUUCCACCCUAAGUCAGCAAUAUGACAAGUAACUGGUGAGAAGGAAAAUGGAAGCUGGUGAGGACAGAAUUGGUGCAUAUAACUUCUAUUCGAGCAAUAAAGCUGCAGUUCAGCAGUUACAACACUGGGCAGACGGCUCUGACAUUUCUAGAUGUGGCUGUGGACGACUUAGUGCCACCAUUCCUUCACUCAGAGAGUUGGAAUGGUACUGCUUGCUUAUCUCAAGGAUAUCAAUUUAAUCUAAGAAUCUUUGGAUUGCUCAGUUUAAUGGGCUAUAGUAGUAAAAUUACUGCUUCUAAACUCUGUGAAAAGCUUUUUCAGGUGUAAACUUUGCUGAAGUUGUAUUUAUAAUAAAGGCGGUUCUGCCCUGUGUUCCA